AUGCCAGACGCGGACAUCCCUCUCCUGCCAUACAGGUCUCCCUCAUCAGCCACCUCACCACCCCGCCCUCUUCCUGUCCGCACCUCCGCCCCUUCUUCCCCUGUCGAUGUGGUCAACGCUGUCGCUGGCCCGUCCAAACCGCCCCGCGUGGUGCUCGCCCAGCCUAUCAGUCCUCGCGCGACCCGGCGGACAUCGCGCUCUCCGGGAGUGGAAGAGAUCCAGCUCUCGCCUCUUGGAGCUUCGGGCAAGGGCAAAGCAAAGAGCCCUGUACCUGAUACCAGAGAGAUAUGGGAUCUCGAUGAUCCCUUUGGGAAGGAUAUCAGCGGGGAGAUGGACACGCCUGGGUGGGACGGGAAGGGCGUCGGAAUCGUGGGACCUGGAGAUGGUUCUGGUCCACAUCGACAGCACAUGCCGGUCCGACCAGCUCUCAUCAACACUCAACAACCAUCUCGUCAACCCUCCAUGUCCCCUUCGUCCAAGAUCAAGCCACAUAUCCCGAUUCAACUCCGUCCCGAAAGAUCGACCAUGCUGGGCUGCCUCGAUGGUCCUACGCCCAAAAACCCAGACGAUAGUACAUGGAGAUGGCUGGGCGAACACUGCGUCGGGCUGGCGCUCUGCCAAUGCUUUCCCUGUGGCAAGAAUGCCCCGAAUUAUUGA